AUGUCAUCCCCGCACACACGCCCCAUCAAGCGAUUGUUGGUCGCCAACAGAGGAGAGAUUGCCGUCCGUAUUCUCCAUGCAGCACGAGAGCUACCCGAGCCAGUCGAGACAAUCGCUCUCUACACAUCAGACGACCGAUCGCACUGCGAUCUAGGGCGACCACAGCAUGCGAUUCAAAUCCCAUCAGCAUCGUCCUAUCUCGACAUUUCCCUCCUGGUAGAGCUAGCCCAAAAACAUUCUAUUGACGCCGUGCAUCCCGGGUAUGGAUUCCUCAGCGAGAGCGCCGAAUUCGCGCAUCGCAUGUGGCACGAAGCGGGAUCUCUCGUCAUAGGACCUGGGUGGGAAAACCUCGCCCGAACAGGUGAUAAGCUGCAGGCAAAGCAGCUAGCGCAACAAUGUGCCGUCCCUGUAUUGGAAGCCAUGAGCCAACCUACAACCAGCGUGGACGAGGCACGUGCGUUUGCGACGCAGGUUGGUUUCCCGGUUAUGAUUAAGGCUGUUGAUGGUGGAGGCGGUCGCGGGAUUCGCCUUGUUCGCGAGGAGCAUGAGCUGGAUAAUAGUAUUCAGAGGGCGAUUGGCGAGUCGCCGUCGCGGACUGUCUUUGUUGAGAAAGCUGCUGUUGACGGGUUCCAUCAUGUUGAGAUUCAGAUUAUUGGUGAUGGGACGGGUCAGGUGCGACAUCUGUGGGAAAGAGAUUGCAGUGCUCAGCGGCGGUUUCAGAAGGUGGUUGAAUGCGCCCCGGCUUUGGUGCGGGACAGAGCUUUGGUCGGUCGAGUGAUUGAGUCUGCGCUCAGGAUGGCAAGUGAAAUCUGUUAUCGGUCAUUGGGGACAUUUGAGUUCCUUGUCAGUGAACAGCGCGGGGAAUUCUACUUCUUGGAAGUGAACCCCCGUCUGCAAGUCGAGCACACCAUUACGGAAGCUAUCAGUGGGAUAGAUCUGGUGCAGACGCAGCUUCUUCUCGCCCAGGGAUACACUUUGCAUCAGCUGGGCCUCGGUGCUGAGGUUAACGCAAGCCAUCCUCCACCAAAUGCCUUUUCAAUCCAACUUAGACUGUGUGCUGAAGAUCCGAGCAACGGGUUUGCUCUAAGCAUUGGCAAAGUUACCGGGUUUAGUGUUCCUAGUGGCCACGGAAUCCGGGUCGAUACUCAUGUCAAUGUCUCUGGCCCCGCACUGGUUGUGGGAUCCAACUUCGACAAUCUGUUAGCCAAGAUAAUCGUGACUGCGCCCACCUGGGAAGCAUCCGUUAGAAAAGCCCAGCGGGUCUUGGCUGAUUCUAGGAUUUACGGUGUGAAAACUAAUAUCAAUCUUCUACGGGGGAUCGUGGCCCAUCCUGAUUUCAUGGCCGGCAAAGUCGACACGCAAUGGCUGGGGCUCGACCUCGACGCAGUUCUCCAGCAAGGGGAGAGCAUAUCGAAGGCUCUGCGGGAACUAGAUGGUCCCGCCAGACCUUCACAGCAAGCUGUCUCCCAAAGUGGACUGCCAGCGUCUAAUCUCCUGUUCCGAAAAGGAGAUGCGUGGUCAAUCACACUGGAACCUCUAUCGAAGGAUUCUCAACGAUCAGACAAAGUCGCCCACCAUCUGCGCCUGUCCCGGCUCGAAACAACCACGACUGCUGCAUCAGCAUUGGUGUCCUCGUCACAUCGCCGAGGUGAUCCAAAGAAUCCUCACCACAUCAUCCUCCCUCUUUCGGGCAAAUUGAUCGAGAUACUGGUAUCGGAUGGAGAGGUUGUUGCUGAAAAUCAGGUCCUGGCUUUCAUCAAGCAGAUGAAGAUGGAGCUCGAAGUACGAAGCCCUCGAAGUGGGCGGGUCAAAUGGGUUUAUGAGAUGGAGGAUGAAGAGGAGGAUGUUGCUGAGGGUAUGCUUUUGGUCGAAUUGGAGCCAAAUAAUGGCAAUGUGGAAGUUCGGGGCAAGUUAUGA